UCCCCGCCGCUAGGCUCACCCUUCUUGCCGCAGUACACGAACUGGCCUGUGUGGAUGCCCUCGGCGGCGAUAAACAGCUCCGUCCGUUUUUUAAACCGGUAUGGAUCCCGGAAGACCACCUUGGCGAGGGGCGCCCCGCGGCCUGGGUCAUGGAUAAUGUCCUGCGGGCCGAAGUGGAGUGAGCGCGGGUCUCGGCAGACGCCGCGUUCCCCCACCCAUCAGGGCAGACGCCCCGCACCUUCACGAUGCCUUUGAUGUAGCCGUGUCGCUCGGCGAAGUCCACGGCGCGCAAGCGCGCGGCGCCCUUGCGGUGUUUCACGUGCGCGCGGAACACGGAGCCAGCGCCCUUCCUCUGUCCACGAAUCACUCGGCCCAUGGCGGCGGGUCUGGGGGCGACUCAGAUCAGCGUGAGUCUAGCAAGGCGGGCGCCGGCCCGGCGUCCCGAGACCCGCCCGCACCCCCGCCUCCCACGUCUCCAUCCCGGCCGCGCGCGCCUGCGCCUUCUCAGAACAGUCUCCCAGGAACCACGGCGGGCCCCAUCGCGGCGGAUGGCGGCGGAUGGCGGCGGAUGGCGGCGGAUGGUCCCAAGCCCUCAGCACCACAGACCGACCUACCUGCUCCCGGGCGCUACCGAAAAAGGAAACGUGCGCCCGCGAGCCUCCUUAUCUUCCGGGGCGGAGCCAGAGCGGGGCCCUCUUCCGGGCUCGGAGCACGCCGGGAUGUGUAGUUGCCCUGGCGCGCCGCCGCUGAGCCUCCGCGCAGGCGCACGGGGGAGCGGGCGCGGGCUGGGCCCGCGCAGGUGUCUUCCCGCUGACAGGCGUCGCGCUAGGCACGAAAACUGCGCGAGGAGAGGUCGAGGAGUUUGUCUAGAGCCACACACAGCGAUCUGCACCAAGCCGCGAGACCGGCACUCCGGGCCUGACCGAGGAGAGCUCCCGCUGGUGCAGGACGCCGGGUCGCCGGGCAGUGGGUGUGCCGCCUCGAGGACCUGGUGCUUCUGCACCCAGAAGACGGGGUCUGACCGGCAGGUGGCGAAUGCCCGCCGCCCGCUGGCACGGGCGCUGCUGGCCGCGGGGACUUCGGCCCAGCCGGGUCCUCGAGACAACGGGAAAGGAGCCGGGGGACCCUGGACUCUGCCCAGAGGGAGCAAGAGGGCGGCUGUGGGCCUGGACGCAAGCCGGGAAGGCUCCGGGGAGGAGAUGGCCUCCAAGCCCCCACCGGAAAUAAGGAGGACCAGGAUGAGGUGGGAGGUCCCAGGAUAGGGAAGGUGUUUAGUGGCACGCGAUGGAGAGUGGGGUAAGGAAGGUGGACCAGAAGGACAGAGAAACGAGGCAGAGUACAGCAGGGGGUGCCCAGCAGGGCGCAGGCUAUGGUGGGAGAGGGGAGUCCUCAAGUAUUCACCCCCCUCCACGUCUGAGUGAGCCUUGUCAGCCGGGGAGGACAACGAGGGAGGGAAGUAAGUGAGGGCAGCGGUCUCAGUGUGUGGGUGAGGCUUGUGGUCAGGACUUGUGAGAUUUUAAUCAGAUCUUGCAGGACAGAGACAGGAAUGGCAGGGGAUGGAGAGGUGCCACGUGGCCACCUGCUGGAGUUACGGGAGUCUAGGGACCUGUGCAAGAGGCCCUCCAGAGAGGCAGCUGAGCUGGGGUUGACAGGGGUGAAUGAGGCCACAGCCCAAAAAGCAGGGCCAAGGGCAUUUCUGACUGGGAUGGGGUAGCCAAAGGCUUCUGCUGAAGAGUAGGUCUGGAGGAUGGCCAUCUCCUGAGACUCCACCUCAGCCAGCAGCUGCCAGAAGUCCAGUACCUCAACUCCCUUGGCCUUGACUCCUCCUCCCUCAGCAGGCAGUAAGGUGCUGACCAGUUUCAGCCUGAGCUGUAUCUUUGGCCUGCUUCAGUCUCCAGUUACUUUGCUUGGAGGCUCCAGACACCUCCGGCUUUUCAACCUGCAGCAGCUGCUGGAUCCCUGCAACUGAAUGGCCUUUUGGCUAGGAAGGCAAGGAUGCCAAGAAUGUGGACUCCAACUGGACACCCCACCUGUAGUGAUCUGAGGGCCCUGGGGCAUCUAAACAUCCCGUUCAAAGGUAAGGACUGAUCAGAA